CAUGAAACCUAUACAACGAUUUCUCCCUACGUGGCCAACAACGUGGUAUGCUGGCAUGGCUUGUUUUUUAUUUUUAUAAACCCCACUCUCCCCACUCUCUCUCCCCCCCUCUCUCUCUAACACCACCAGCACCAUCAACUCCACCACCAACGCCAUCGUCAACUCCACCACCAAGAUAUCCAACUUCAUUUUCUAAUGUAAACCUUAACUUUAGAUUCAAUCCCCAAACUUAUCGAUCCAAUUCUCUUCAUCAUCUACCAGCUUCAUGACCCACACACCAUGAACAACCUUUCACCUCAAUCACCCUUGACCACCACCGAUCACACCUUCUCCCAUCCGCCCUCCCCCUCAGGCGACGAAAUCACAGAACAAACAUGGUACGGCCACAUCCAGUACCACCUCAACAUCUCUGCCAUCGGCACCAUCACCUGCCUCCUCAUCUUCCUCUUCGUCAAGCUCUGCAGCGACCACCGCCACUGCGGCGCAGAUGCUGCUCAAUUUCUUCAAAUUGAAGGAGUUUCAAAAUACGCCAAGACAGGGUGCAACGAUACGUGUGGGAACAAUGUGACGAUUCCAUACCCUUUUGGAAUUGGUGCGGAUUGUUCUGUCAAUGAAUGGUACAUCGUUGAGUGCAAAUCCUCGACGCCAUAUCUAUCUGCACUUAACCACCUGGAAAUCUUGAGGGUGGACUUAAAUAAUCAAACAGUCGUUUUUAAUACGCCAAUAAUCUCUAAUUGCCAAAACUCAGUUCAGAAUAUGAGUCAGAUCAUGAGCAUCGACCUUCAUGGGAGCCCCUUCCUGUUCUGCAGUUAUUACAAUAGAUUUCUUUUUAAUGGAUGUGGUAAUGCGGUUAUGAUGGAUAAAGGGAGUGUGCUCACCGGGUGUUCAACUUCUUGUCUGAAUGAGACUGUUAGUGAAAGAAACAAUGACUGUUUUGGCAUUAGUUGUUGCCAAACGACAAUUCCUCAUUUUAUUAAGUCCUACAGCAUAAAUCUCACGGGUCUGGGCAGAGAUGGAGGUUGUGGGUAUGCCUUCUUGGUGGAUGUCGAUUCGUAUCUAAAAGGAAAAUUUUCUAUCCAAUCUGUUGCAGCUAAUGAUGCUUUGAUUCCAAUGGCCCUUAUGUGGACGCUUCCACAUAGCACCACACUAAAUUGCUGUCGAGGAGCGGCGGAUCAUAUGAAUGUCGAACUGGAUACGGGUAAUGGUACUUUUGUGGAGACUCAGAAAUGUUCCCGUCAUAGAGGCUACAAGGGAAAUCCUUACUUAUUUGAUGGAUGUGAAGUAAUAGAAGACUGUGCAAGCUGCCCUGAUCAUGCCUCAUGUAACUAUGAUAUAAUAUAUGGUGGCGAUGGCUCAAGUGUUAAAGUAAUAAAUUUCAGUUGUGGACCAAACCUGUCUCCAACAAGUUUUGGCAGCAAAUCAUCCAUGGGUAUUAUUCUAGGUGUUAGCAUAAGUGUGGGUGUACUUUUUCUUCUAGCAGCCAGCUAUGCAUUGUACAAGUGGUUCAAGAAAACAAAAGAAAGGAGACAAAGAAAGAGAUUCUUUAAACGAAAUGGCGGUUUACUUUUAAAGCAACAAGAAGAAGCUGACCCGUCUUUAGUUGGCAAGACCAUACUUUUCACAUCAUGUGAGCUAGAGAAGGCGACAGACAACUUCAAUGAGAAUAGAAUUUUGGGUCGUGGAGGACAAGGUACAGUGUAUAAAGGGAUGUUAGCGGAUGGUAGAAUUGUAGCAAUCAAGAAAUCAAAGGUUGUUGAUGAGAGUCAAUUAGAACAAUUCAUCAAUGAGGUGGUUAUUCUAUCCCAGGUCAAUCAUAGAAACGUGGUCAAACUAUUGGGAUGCUGCUUAGAGACAGACGUACCUUUGCUUGUUUCUGAAUUCAUUCCAAAUGGCACCUUGUACGAUCGACUUCACAAGGGAAUAGACGGAAUCCCAAUUUCUUUGAACAUGAGAUUACAAAUAGCUACAGAGGUGUCAGGAGCACUUGCUUACUUGCAUUCAGCAACUUCCAUUCCAAUAUACCAUAGAGACAUUAAAACCGCUAAUAUACUUUUGGAUGAGAAAUACAGGGCAAAAGUUUCGGACUUUGGAACUUCUAGGUUUGUUUCAGUAGAGCAAACCCAUUUGACUACCUUAGUCAAAGGUACGUUUGGCUACCUUGAUCCUGAGUAUUUCCAGUCUAGUCAAUUCACGGAAAAAAGUGAUGUAUAUAGUUUUGGAGUUGUUUUAGUUGAACUCUUAACCGGAGAAAGGCCAAUUUCCCAAAGUAGAAGUGGUGAACAUAAAAGUUUGGCUACACACUUUAUGUUGGCUAUGGAGGAAGGACGCGCUAUGUCCAUAUUUGAUGCAAUGGUGAUCAAGGAAGGUAGUACGGAUGAGCUUAUGAUUGUAGCUAGCCUGGCAAUGCGAUGCUUAAAUUUGAAUGGAAGGUAUAGACCAACAAUGAAAGAAGUAGCAAUAGAGCUAGAAGCUAUACGAAUGUCACACAUUCCCUCUACCGUUCAAACUAAUACCGGACCCAUGGUAUAUGAAAAGAACCUAUCGUUUACAACAUAUACCGAAACAUCUUCAAAAAUGUUGAGUUUGAAUGAUAGCUUUAGCCAGUGACGCAAAACAUUAAGUCAUUAGUUGUUUAGUAAACUUAGGUUGACAUAUGCUUCCACUGUGUGUAAUAUAAUAAAUUUAACGUUGUCGUAGAUGCGUUAAAUUCCAUCACACUUUCUCUUUUGCUUUUGCAAUUA